GAUACAGCACUGUGAAGUCUCUAGCUCAGCUCCGCCUGGUAGGCGUGGUCAACAGGCCCCGCCCCAUAGCUGCAGCAUAAGUUCUGCUGCAGUUCCUGAUCCCUCAGACUGACCUCCACCUGCAGCAUGUGGCCUUCAGAGAGCUUCACCGGCGGGAACCAGACCAACACGACCAGAGCCCGGGACUGGACCGAGGUGUACCAGGUGGUCUGGGGGAUCCAGCUGGCCAUGGGGAUCCUCAGCAUCCUGGGUUCCAGCUCCAUCAUCGUCUGUCUGCUCACGCAGAGGCUGAGCAGGAAGCCGGAGCUGCAGCCUCUCUUCCUGCUCAGCGUAGCCGACCUGCUGCUCGCCGCCUGCUGGCUCGUGGGCGCCGUCCUCUUCUGUCUGCGCUGCGCCGUCCUCAACAGCCUCUGCUACAACCUGCACAUCCUGGAGCAGGUUUUCUUCAUGGCGUCUUUCUGCUUCACCCUGAACUACGUGUGGAACCUGUUCACGGCCAUCAGGGAGAAGUUCAACAGCUGCCAGAGCGGACACUCUGUGCAGGUCUCCAACCGAGUCAGCACCACGGCCAAAGUCAUCGCCGUCCUCUCCUGGCUGGGCCCGGUCCUCUUCAUGCUCCCCGUCUUCAUCAUGGGGAACAUGAGCGUCUGUCAGUCAAACUCCAGUCAGCCGUACAAGUGUCUGCUGAUGCACACUGACGCGCUCUACCGGACGGCGCACGGCCAUCAGCUGAGUGCGAGCUGCAGCGGGCUGCACACCUACCGCAUGGUGGUCUUCCUCCUCACCUUCCUCUUCACCCUCGUCAUCAUCACAGGGCUCGUCAUUAGAGCACGCCACUUCCACAUUCGGGCCGUGGCGUCCAACGGCAUCGUGGGCGCGGAGCAGCGUGUGGCUCUGCGGGUCCUGAACCAGCGGGUGGUGCUGUACCCGCUGGUGUUCGUCCUCUGCUGGGGUCCAGCGGUGGCGCUGGCCUUCCUGCGGGUGGCUAAGCCCUCCACGGGUCACGGCAGGGCGGCGGCCUUCCUCUACAUCGCUCAGGCCCUCACCUCCGCCUCUCAGGGUUUCCUCAACUGUCUGGUCUACGGCUGGACGACUGUGCCCCUGCGGCAGGUGGGUCUGACGGCGCUGUCCCGGGACGCCAACACUCAGACGCCGCUGCUGCAGCCUCAGCCGACCAGGAACUACAAGAGCCUGAGGGCCCUCUGCUGAGGAGAGGGGGCAGGGGGGGGGGGGGGGUUCUCUCAACCACAGGGAGGGCGGGAGCUUUCACUUUCAGAGGAGAGGACCGCAGCGGGGCAAAAAAAGGAACGGGGACGCUGGGGGGGGGGUUUCCACAGAGAGGAAGAGCUCCACAGAAACAGGAUUUGAAAAAGUCCUUGCAGGUGCCCCACCUGUGAGGAAGAGGAGCAGCGCCCCCGCUGGAGGCCCACUGCUCUGCAGGACGAAGGUUCCUGAGCUUCUGAAAGCUGAAGCUGCAGUUAGAGCUGCUUUUGUUUAGACAAACAAUUUAACUCACAUGUUCACUUCCUUCAUUUUAGAAACUUUGGUCUCAUUUAUUUCUCUGGAUGUUAUUUGUUUAGAUGCCCGUUACACCUGUAAGAGUUUUUUGUUUAAAUAAAGUUUAAAAUCCUUUUAA